AUGCUCGAAUGGGGGGAAUUUCCCGCCGCGCCUCUAGCAGCUGUGGCUGCCGCCGCGAUCGGCGGGGCGGCGACCAUCGCGAUGGCGGGCGGAUUCGGCGGGAAUCGAGAGGCGGCGAGGGCGGCCGUCCGACGUGGCAUGGAGCUAUUCGUGGAGAACGACGUGCAGGGCUCGGCUGUGGAGUUUGACCGAGCGCUACAGCUGGACCCCUCGCAAGAGCCCUACCUUUGGCAGAGGGGCCUUUCACUCUACUACCUCGGAAGAUUCCAAGAAGCAGCGAAUCAGUUCCGCAAGGACGUAGCGGUGAACCCCAACGACACGGAAGAGGCCAUCUGGUGUUUCCUGAGUGAGGCGCGAGUGGUGGGCCCACAGCAGGCGAGGCAGCAGUUCCUGCUAGUGGGGCAGGACCCGCGCCCUGUCAUGCGCGCUGCCAUGGACGUCUUUCAGACGGGCGGCGACCCUAACAAGAUCCUGGCAGCAGCGGCGGCUGACUUUGGGCGGCCUUCUGCACUGUUUUACGCUAACCUCUACGUUGGUCUGUUCCAUGAGAGUGAGGGUGACCAGGAUCAGAGUCGGCAUUAUAUUCUCGAGGCUGCACAAUCCCCUUACGGGCUCAGGUCGGGGGAUUAUAUGGCAGCGCUGGCCAGAGUACACUGUCUGCAACACGGCUGGCUGUGA